UAUUGAGCAGGGCAGGCAGCCUCCAGCCCAGCUAACGCUCGUACACAGGGCAACUGGCUCUCGUCAAAAUUCGGCCUAUAAACAUGCAUUUUUUUCACACUGACAGGCUCAGAUAGUUACAAUGAGUGUCCGACAACAUACUAGAAAGGAGAAAUUAACGUAUGUCUCUACCUUUAGCUGGAGAUCGCUGUUUGUUGUGAGCUGUGUCCAAAUCUCACCACGCUACAAAUCUCGUUCCGAAAUCUCGCGAUAACUCGCGACAAAACACCGGUGGAAAAACAGUUACCUGACUGAGGUGAAGAGAGAUGACUGAAGUGAUUUUCUGUUGGAUUACCGAAGACUGUUAUUUUAGUUUUAUAGAAAAGUUUGUUUGUUUGUCUGUCAUGGCUGAAUUUUUGCCUGAUGUGGACGACGUGGAUGAAAUUGCAUUUGAUUUUGAUGGCCGGCCGUAUCUAUUUGAGCCGGAGUACACAGAUGAAGAGCUUCAAGAAAUUGAAGAACGGACGAGGAGAGACGGAGUUGGGCAACAGGCAGAGGGCACGGAACCAGCUGCUGCAAGGCUGCGAAACACUGGAAACUGGUGGUGUUCCUGUGGGUGCUGUGUACCUUUGCCUACAGAGGAGGAAUGCCUCUGUUGCAGGGAAUGGGACCUUUUGCAGCCAGCUGUGUUUGGGGAUUACCCAGUGGACGGUACACAACGCUGUGUAACGUCAUCAGAGGAUUUCCCCUCCUUGAUCAACAGGGCAGUGCUAGAGACCUUCUUCCAUGUUCCCAAAAUCAACUGGAAGAGGCGGCCAAGACCACAGGGAGAAAACGGCCAGCUGUCUAUUGACCAAUGCAGACUAGUGGCUUACCGUGUGGUGCUGGAGUGGGCGCUCAGAGGAGAGCGUCUAGGUCGUGGCAAUAGGAGAGUGUUGCCUAGAUGUAUAGUUAUGGCUAUAAGAAGCAAGUACCCCUCUCCCACCGGCACUUACACUGGCUUCAACGAGGCAGAGGACAUCUUCAAUAUACUGUAAAUAUUUCUGUACACGUACAUAUCACUGUAAGAUUCAAUCUUUUACAAUAAAGUAAUAACAAUAGCACAGCUGUGUUUCUAUCUCUUUA